AUGGCAGGUACCGAUGGACGAAGGAGUAAUGAUAUUGGUCGGUGGCUGGGAAUGCAAAAAAGUGGAGAGUGGCGAUUCAAGAUGUCGGCAAAGAAAUAUGCAAAGUGUGUAGAUGUAAGCGAAGAAGAUACGAUUUCUGAUGUUGAACGGAAAAUUGCCACAACGCUUGGAGUAGAAGGGAAAAGGACAAAAUUAGAGCUGAAAGAAGACAAUGAAGAUGUGUCAAAGACAAAGGGACAAUGCGAGAGUCGUGGACCAGAUGUGAUUGUUGUUAGAGUCGUAGCAAAGGAAGAGGAUUUUUUAGAAGAAUCUCUUAAGAGGAAAGCUGCUUUGAUGGAAAAGGGAAAGCAAAGCGGGGACGAGAAGAAGAACUGGUUGAAGCAUUGGACACGGAUAGUGGAGGAUGGGCAUCUGACUGAGAAGACAAAAUGUUAA